AUGAUUAUGAAUGAUAACUUCACAGUUGACAACUUCACCAGUCAGUGAAACCCCUUUCCUUCCUGCUCUACCUGUUUGAUUAGCUCUGCCAAGGCUCAAGAAACAUAAAACCGGAGUACUUACAGGCUGUCUUCACAAACUCACUUGUCAGCGUCACAAGCAGGCUGUACAAGAAUUCCCACACUGUUAUUUGAGACAUUCAUCAGGCACUUAUCAUCUACCAACAUGUUCAGGAUUUCAAGAGCAAAUGGUGUCUGUGCCACAACCUUGUUGCUGCUGGGGGCCAUGGUAGUGCUUGUUUACAUCAAUGAGCUUGAAAACAUCUCAUACUCUAUCCAUACCCACCGUGGGGAAGCAAUAUGUUCAGAAGAUCGCGAUGCCUCAGACAAAACUUCAUCAACAACCGACUGGCAUCGGAAAAGGAAAUCGGUGAAUCGGUCACAAGAUAUACCAACAAGAUGUGAAGGAAACGCAACGGUUGCAAAUAUCUCCGGCUUUGAGUCCUUUUCUCCUAUGAUUCAGGACUUUCUCUACUAUCGUCACUGUCGCAGUUUCCCCAUGAUACUGGACCUUCCUGAUAAAUGUGGAGGAGAUGAUGAGCCUGAGGACGUCUUUCUUUUGCUCGUUAUUAAAAGCUCCCCAAAGAACUAUGAGCGAAGAGAGGUUCUACGCAAGACCUGGGCUGAAGAGAGGUCAUACAAGGGGAAGAUGAUUCGAAGAAUCUUUAUUAUCGGAACAGACGGAUCAGGUUUUGAGAAGGAGAGACUGAACCGACUUGUUAUGUUGGAGCAUCAACAUUACAGCGAUGUCCUGCAAUGGGACUUUAAGGAUUCCUUUUUCAACCUCACUUUGAAGCAGAUACUCUUCCUCCAGUGGAUGGAAAGACGUUGUCCACAGGCUCGUUUCCUGCUGAAUGGUGACGACGACGUCUUUGCCCACACCAACAACAUGGUUGAAUAUCUUCAAAGCCUUAAAGAUAAUGAUGGAAGCAAGCACCUUUUCGCUGGCCAUCUGUUACCAAAAUCUUUUCCUAUUAGAAACAAAAGGAACAAGUAUUUUGUUCCGCUUCUGGUGUAUGAAAAAGACGUCUACCCGCCCUACUGUGGAGGUGGGGGAUACCUUCUAUCAGGCUAUACAGCUUUGGUCAUUUCCAAGAUGUCUGCAUUGAUCCAAAUUAUUCCUAUUGAUGAUGUUUACAUGGGAAUGUGUUUGGCUGAAAUGAAGCUUGAUCCAGAAUCUCAUAUGGGUGUGAAAACACUAGGAUGGUAUGUUCCCUCUAAGAAAGUUGAUACAUAUCACCCCUGUUACAUGAAGGAAGUACUUUUGAUUCACAAAUUCCCCCCCAGUGAUUUGUAUUUCUUGUGGCAUGAAGUAAAUAACCCAAAUCUACAAUGCAAUGUUAAAACUUGAAGGAGAGCUGUUUUAUUGGACCUACUUAGGUAUUCAGUAAACUAGCCAACAAUAAUGUGUCAUUCUGUUGUAUUUGGCCAUAGUUAAUUAUGUCAUAAAUGUAUUACUGCAAGUAAUAAACAAGUUUUUUGCACAACUAUUGCUUUUAUGGCUGAGAGAUUAGUGUUGUAUUGAUGAAUUUGAUUUGUUAAUAAAAUUAAAAAAUAAAAUAGUAAAACAACCACACUUUAACUGUGUCAUACUAACUCACAUGGAAUUUGAACCUUUGCUU